AUGAAAUCAGUUGAAGAUCAAGUUGUGGAGGAGGAUGUGAGGUUUGAUGAUGAGGUAAGUACAUAUAUUUUUUAUUUUAUUUUUUCAAUUUUUAUUUUUUAUUUCUUUAUUCCGGUAAUGAUUGUACACACAGGAUUAACAGAAGAAAAUAGGCACCUCAAUAUCUACACAAGGCAAUACAGUAUUUACAAGUGUCCAGUAAAAAGGUUAACCCACAAAAUCAUACAUCAUGCAACAGCAGAUUCAUAUACAACUUUUUGUCAUAUGUGUUAACAUUUCUAAACAGUAGGCGGGUAUAUGAUUGAGUUACAUAUGGCCAGGUCUUUGAGCUAUUAGCCACCUUGAACCGGCUUGGUCACCCACAAAAUAAUAAUGUAAUACCAUACCGGAUUUUCUGAAGUAUUUCCCAGCUCCAGGCUGGACUAGAAGAAAGAGAAGAGGAAGAAAGGGUGAGAUAAAGAAGGCGAACUACCGAUGUGGGGUGUGGAGAUGGAGAUGGUGAGUGAGGGUGUUGCUAUUAAUCUUUAUGGAUUUGUAUCUGGUAUGCAGGAAGGGGAGGGAUAGGGGUUGAAACCCUGCCCCUGCUUGUUUCUUCUGUUUAUGGGUCUGCAUUAGUGGAGUCAGCUUGGCACCCCACCCAUUCCUCCCAUCUAUCCCACGCAGCUAUUUUUAUAUUAAGCCUGUUGGAACUCAUAUGGAUCAUCUUUUCGUAUUGACCAUUGAUAGAUACUUGUUGCACUACCUCUCCUCUGCUGGGAGCUUUGGGCGAUUUCCAACCUCUCGCUAUCAAUAAGUUUGCUGCUUCCAGUAUAUGAAAGGUUAAGAUCCCUUGUUGCUUGGUGAGAUCAUUGGGGAACAUAAACAGGAGAAAAUGUUCGACUGACAUCUUUUAAAAAAAAAAUUUUUUUAUGACUUCUGAGAUCAGGGUUGCUAUCAUCUUCCAAAAGGGUUUGAUCACCAAGCACUCCAAACAGAUGUGCAUCAUGGUUUCUUUUCUCAGUGGCGCAUCUCCAGCAUCUGUCAGAUGCAGUUGGGAACAUGUGGGCUAAGCAUGCUGGUACUAGUUAACCAUCUGGUUGCUAUCUUUCUUAUUAGUUCUAUAUGUGAAGUGCACCUAGUGUACGGUUGAUGUAUCUUAAAGGCUUUCAACCAGGCGACAUUUGAAAUCUCAUGCCCCAAGUCUCUUUCCCACUCCCUUGUGUACUUGGGUAUGGGAUGACUAGUGUCUCAUAGAAUCAUGUCAUAGCAGACUGAUAUAACUUUAUUUUUCGGUAUUGUUUCUGUGCACAUUUUCUCUAUGAUCAACAGAUUUGGCAUCAUGGACAGGGCAGGGGAUUGUGUCUGUUUGACUUUCUUUAAUCGGGAUUGUAAUUGCAAAUAUAGCAAAUAUCCUAUGUGGGGCAAGUCAUGUGUUGAACGGAGGUGAGAAUAGGGUGUCAGCUCGUUUCUGCUCCAGAUUUAGUGGAGAAAUUUUAGUCCCCUGCUUUCCCAACCUCUGCUGUCAAAAGUGGGAAUGAAAUUUUUAAAGGAUCUAAGUGGGGUGGCCAAUGAGAUCGGGCUCCAGGAUGUAAAUUUGUGUUUUUGGUCAUCCCAUGCCUUUGGCAUCACAGAUAUGGUGGGUAAUAUGUUUUCCAUUUUUGGAUGUAAGACCUUGUGUAUCCAGAGUAAAAAGGGAAUACCUUCUGUCAGGGACCAAUGUAAUUCAAUGUCUACUCAAGGGGAUCUCAUUUUGGCAUCCUGUGUCCCAAUGGCAUGGUUGAGAACUGUAGCUAUGUGAUAAGCAUGUAUUUCAGGCCUGCCCACUUCCCAGUCUUCUAGUUUUCUAGUGGCUGUGGUCUUUGGAAUAUGUGAUUUUCGGCGGCCUGUAAUGAAUCUGUCUGUGUUGUUGUAAUUGGGUGAAAUAGGAUCUUGGGAUGUCCACCGGCAGAGAACAGAAUAGAAAUUGGAGUUUAGGGAGUAGCAUCAUUUUAAAGGUUACAAUUCGGCCCAUCCAGGAAAGGAAUUUUUCUUUCCAUUUGUCCAUGCAGGAGUGAAGCUUCAAGGCUAAUUUAAAGUAGUUGGCUUUAAUGAGAUUAUUUAGAUUUUUAGUUCAUUUUAUUCCCAGAUAAAUUAUGUGAUCCUCUCUCCAGUCGAAAGUUAUGAUGUUUUUUGAGGCGUUGUAUCAUAGUAUGGUCUAGAUUGAUUGGCAUGGCCUGUGUUUUGGUGGUGUUUAGCUUGCAUUAUGAGAACUUCCUAUAUUCCGUUAGUGUCUGUGAGUGCGGGUAGGGACGUGUCAGGUCGAGUCAUGGUGAGCAGGACAUCGUCUGCGAAAAAACUAAGUUUGUGUUCCGUCGGUCCAAUGUAGACCCCUGAUAUCGCAGUGUUUGAUCUUAUUAGAAUUGCUAAGGGUUCGAGUGCGAGGUCAUGUAGAAGCGGGAAAAGUAGGCAACCCUGUCGCAUUUGCAAAGGACUCCGAAACGGCUCUGAGUGACUGCGAUACUUGGGAUAAAAUAACCCGACUUUGCUGUAUAUCAGGCAGCGUUCUAUAGUUCCUCUGAGUUCCAAGGUCUCCGCCCCCCACUUAUGACAUCAACGCGUUUCACCGGUAUCACUGUCUUCCUCAGGACAUGAUGCUAUCGGUGCCAUCUUGGAGAAGGGUGUUGAUUUGGAAAAUUAUAUACAAACGUUCAUUGUAAUAUGAAUUUUUUUAUUUAAUUUUAAAAGUACAAGGACUUUUCAUGUGAUUAAAGACUGAUCACGAUCAAAUUUCACUAUUUUGUCAUAUGUUUUAUAAAUGAAAAAAAUUUUUUUCAAUAAAAAGAAUAAAGAAAAAAAAAUAAAGACUGAUCACGAUCAUAUCGUGAUAUGCAAUUGAAGGUCCGAUUGACGCACCAGUUGGCAAUAAAGAACAUAUCUUGCCUUCAAAUACCCUUCUCCAAGAUGGGGCCGAUAGCAUCACGUUCUGAGGAAGCCGGUGAUACCGAUGAAACGUCAGCUCCAUUACCACCAUUGGAUGUAUUUUAACAAGCUUGGCAGUGAGUAACGGCGUAUGCCGAGUGUACUCACAACACUAUUCUGUAAGAGACCGUGUGUCUAUUAUUUUGUCACCGAUUUUAAUGGAAUAAAUUUACAUGCACUUUACACGAUUCAACAUUGAACUGUCAUUCCCUGCCAUUAAUCUUUAUCAAAUAUAUUUACCAGCACUUUAUAAGAUCUAGUAUUGGACUUUCUUAACCUAAUACAUAUGGGUAUUUCUAUGGGAACCUAUGUGCACUAAGCAAACUAUUAUUUAACUCUACAUUUGUAUAUUCCAACAGUCUGCACUAUUUCAUGUUGAUAUUUUUCUCUCUAUACAUGUUAUGAGAUGUGUCGAUCUGGUGCCAUCUACUGAUUACUAAGUAUAACUACAGCACCUUUAUUUCCAUCGUUAUUUUAAUUUGUUCCUGGUUUCUCACCUAAACAUUAGUUUUACCACACUGCUCCACUCUUAUUUACAUUUCUAUUAUUCAUACUCAGCAUUGAGAUGCUAAAAGCUGCCCAUAGAUAUGCAUUGAUUCAGUGCAUCUCUAUGAGGAGAUGCUAAAUUGUGCAGACUGAUGAUCUCGGCCAUGCGGGCAAGGUCAGCUGCAGCGAGACCAGUGCGGCGAGGGAGAAAAGGUGAGUAUGAUAACUUUUAACUCCAUUCUGUGGGUGGAUGGGGACCUAAACUGCUACUCUAGCACUAAGGGGUUCCUUUAAAUCAGUCAUAUAAUGUUAAAAAAAAGUUAUAUAGGUUCUAGAUAAUGUGAGAUUUAAGCUUGAAGGGACACUCUUUUGUGAUCUUUAUGAGAACAUGGUUUCAGUGAAAAAGUCUACUAGUCAUCAUACUCAUAGAUAUAUUACAUAUUUACUUUAUAUGAGGUUUAUGUCUUACAAGAAUGUAAAAAUGAUCAGGUGUGUCCUGUAUUCCUACUGUAGGACUCUUUUUUCCAAGAUAUUGACAUGUUACAGAAGCAUGGAAUUGUAAGUAUAAAAAGAUAUUUCUUGAUUCCUGAAUAGAAAUCCCUUGUUUAACUUAUAUAAUUUUAAUUUUUUAUUUAGUCAUCCUUUAAUAAAGUAUUUUUGUGACAAAAGUUUUUCAUACUUUAUUGCUUAUUUCGCAAGUUUUCACAAAGUGUAUGAAAUAUAACACAAAUAUACAAUUUGUUGCUCAUACAGCUUUAUGAUCAAAAAAUAAAAAUUGGCGAACUUCCACAUCUGUGAAUAUCACUUCCAUGCUACCAACUCUAUUCCCCCUCUUCCACGGAUUUGACGACUUUGUAUGUCCUUUCCUCCCUACUAAACGUUAUACCUCCCACUGGGUGGUUGUAUGUUUUGACACUCUCUUUCUUGUUAUUUUAUAUUGAAAGAAAAACAUACUCACUGGGCAUUUGUUAAUAUAAUUUGCUAAAAACAGAAACCGAAUACAAUAAUAAUGUUUGUAUUUAAGCAUAAUGGCCACAUAAAGUAAGUACAGUUAAAUCACCGAUUUGAAAAAUAAGGAAUUUGUAAAGUUCCUAUCCAGAGUGCAACUCAAUCAUAAGCUGGUUCCUAGAUGUAUACACUGUUUUGGCAAUGAAUGGGUAAAUGUAAAUUUAGAAGACACAUUUUUUAUUCUACAUAGGCCAUCUGUUAAGAACAAUCAGCAAACAGAAAACAACUGUUACUUUUGCGUAAAAUAAUAGUGUAGCAAACAUACACUUUGGGCUGCUUCAAACCGCUUUGUUUCUGGCUGCUGUCAUUCUAUUUCAGCAAAGCUGUGUACCUUGUUGAUAGAUAUUACGAACUGUGCAAUACUCAGUCGACACCACUAGAUGGCACUCAAUGUCAAACAACACAUUUAGCUGAAUCUUUUAACGACACUAAGGUGCAUUCGUAUGUACUAACAUUCUGGUGGGAGCAGAAGUAAGUCCCAAGCAUCAAUUGGUGAAGCUCCCCUUUCUGGGCCAUUUUUAUUGCUUUGCACACAGCCCUUUUCAUGGGAAUUUAACUCCCACACAUGAAAGUCUUGUGUGAAAUGGGUUAAAUCCUUGCUCACAUCAGGGAAACCCCCCUCUGCCAGCUGUGGCCAUAUUUAGUGCCCCAGACUGACAGACGAGUUGUAUGAAGUGCUCAAUGCAAGUGCUCCAUGAAAAUGAAAUCGAUUUAAAUCCUUGUGGCUGAGCACGACCUGCAGAUUGUGAUCGGCUGAGGCAGCAUGCUGGGCUGAAGCAUGAUUGGGAGAUCUCUCUGUCAUGCUAAUAAAACAGACACCCAUAUGAUGGUCACAGACUGUUCUCUACUGUUUUAGCAAAGAAUAUCAAUACUGAUAUUAGCAGAAGGAAGCAUGUAGAGGUAUAUGUGAGGGAGAAUUAAUUUGUUAUUCCAACCACCAUGACCAGCUCAAUGAUAUGAAAUGGUCAUUGUGGUAGGAGUUUGGAUGUGCAUCAUUUCAGCUUGAAAUUUCAUUUCAGCUAGUUACCCCACUGGCACAUGUGGCAGUUCUGUGCACCGAUUAGGAGGCACUCUGAGUUUAUAUAAAUGGUUCUAAAGCUCAGAGGCAACUUUGUCCCCGGACUACCUCUAGGAUGUGGUAGGUGCCCAGAACCAAAUGCCCUCUGCAGGCAUGACCUCAUGGUGUGAAACAGGGAUGGCUAACCAGGGUCUCUGGUGAAAGGCGUGGAGCUUGGCAGGGGUAUAAACAUUCCAGUCCGACUCCCAGGAUUGUUCCUCUGGGCCAUACCACUUCCAGUGAAUAAGGUAUUUCAAUCCUCCUCUGCUCCUUCUGGAAUCGAAGAUCUCCUUCACUUUGAAUUCUUCCGAACCAUCCAUGACAACUGGAUCAGAAAUGGUGGUACAUAGAGGGAAUUUGUUUUCUCUUAAAGCUUUUAACAGGGAUACACGGUACACUGGGUGUAACCGAUAGGUUUCAGAGACAUCCAGAUUGACUGCAACAGGAUUAAUGACCUGUGUUAUAGUGAAUGACCCUAAGUUGCGCAGUCCUAAGUUUCCUUGAAGGAUAGGACAUGCACAUAUUCUAUGUGGACAACUUGUAUGAUGUGCUCAAUGUGAGUGCUGCAUGCAGACUUCAAAAUCGAUUUAAAUCCCUGUGGCUGAGUGUGACCUGCAUUCCCCCUGCAGAUUGUGAUUGGUGCUGGGUUUUGACAACUGCCCUGCACCGAUCACAGGUUGAUCAGCUGAGGCAGCAUGCUUGGCUGAAGCAUGACUGGGAGAUCUCCCUGUCAUGCUUAAAAAAACAGCCACUACUAGAUGGUGGUCACAUACUGUUCUCUACUGUUUAGCAAAGAAUAUCAACACUGAUAUUAGCAGAAGGAAUCCUGUAGAGGUAUAUGUGAGGGAGAAUUAAUUUGUUAUUCCAACCACCGUGACUACUUCAGUGAUUUGAAAUGGUUAGUGUGGUAGGAGUCUGGCUGUGCAUCAUUUAAGCUAGUUACACCCCUGCAACAUGUGGCAAUUCUGUGCACCGAUUACGAGGCACUCUGAGGUUAAAUAGACUGACAGAGUCACAUGACCAUCCAUCUACCACCUGUAGGUGGAGCACUGCAGGGUUAUAUAAAUUGUUCUGCUUGCCACAUUGUCCCUGGACUACCUCUAGUAAAGAGUAGGUGCCAGGGAGCAAGUGAGUGGUGCCUAUUGCCAUGACACACUCCAUCUAGAGGAGAAGCCAUUUUCUUGUUUAGGUUGCCCCCAGGGUAGUGCUCGGUGCCCAGACCUUGACCUACACACCUCCUAACCAGGAUGUCUGCCUUGCCAUUAUGGAUUUGUCCUUCCUCUUCUCCUAGUUUUCCAAUAAAGCCCCUGUUCCAUCACAGACCUCCAAGGCACCAGUUCAUAAUUCCAUGCCACCACAGGUGUCCUACUUGCAAGGGUGUGCUGUCCAUCUGCUGCUGGGUUCCAGCUUAUCCAAGACUCCCAUGGGUCAAGAUUUAUCCACGUUGCAGCUUUUUUUUGUAUUCACAAUAACGGAGUCAAUGUGAAUGGUAAAACUAGCCUUAUAAAUUAAAAUAUAUGUACUUUUUCAUUUGUAAAAUAGAAAUUAACAACCUUAUCAAAAUAAGAAAAGAGAACAGAUAAUAUAUGAAAAUUUGGAGGCUUGUAAAUUUCAUGUCUCUUUUUUCAUCCUACAGAAUGUAUCAGAUAUAAAGAAGUUAAAAUUGGUAGGAAUAUGUACUGUAAAAGGCAUUCAGAUGACUACCAAAAAAGCCAUGUGUAACAUUAAGGGUUUAUCUGAAGCUAAAGUAGACAAAAUUAAAGAGGCAGCAAACAAAUUAAUAGUGAGUAUUGCAAAAUUGUAAGUACAUUUAAGAUGAUAUAUUUUAUUAAGUGUAAUUUUCUGAAUAUGUGCUGAUUUGUAUCAAGAACUUUCAUGAUUAGGCUUGGAUUCCUGUUGGUAUAUUUGGAGCACAAGCAGAAAGAUGCAAAGCCUUAUGUAACUCUACUAUCGGUAGAGGCCAAACACAACUGAAGAAAACCGAAACAGGGCCUAAACCAGUUUAAUUAAGCAGGAUUAUUAAAGUCAACUAUAGUAUGUUGAGCUGUCUUUUCCUGUUCCUGGUCAGGAACAGGCAGAAAAUUUACAUACACAGAGCAUGACAGGGAUCACGUAGCCAUUGAACAUUUACAGCAACAUGAUAAGUAGGAAGCUAACUGGAACACAGUAAAGGUGCAAAAGGGUAUAUGCAGAGAGGCUGGUAUUCUGGUACAAGCUUAUCAUAAUAUAUUAUCAGUUUAGUGCUAUUAGUGUAAUUAAAAUACUGGUGUGAGGUAUGGUGCAGUAGUAAGCUAGGAAAUUACCCAGGAAUACAGCAUGCUUUCACGUGUUCUUGCAUUAUUUCACCCAACGUACAUAGACACCCCAAUGCAUGGUACAAAUGGAACACAGUCUUAGGUAUGUAUAUAUAUUGUUUGUAUUCUAUAGAUUUUGGCUGGCCAGUUUUGUAUAGUCGUUGAAACAAUACACACAGCUGUACAUGUCGGCUAACACAUGAAAACCAGAGUUGUAGUUCAGCUUUGAGAAGUAGAAAGCUGAUAACUGAAACUACAAGUCUCAGAAACCCCUGCUCUAACCAUGGCUAAUGCUGUGAACCUGGAGCUAGUUAGCCCCAGUACUCACACACUUUAGACCUUCUAUUCUGUGUUAAAUAUAACCAAAAAUUCUUGAAAAAAGAAAUCCGAGACGCCAUUAUCUUCAAUGCUUUUUUUUUUAUUUUUUAUUCAAGCCUCAAACUAGUAGGUUAGUAGUUAAUGUAGUUAAUGUACUUAAUAGUAGUUAAUGUACAUCUAACUAUUUGUCUGUAUAUUGACUGUUACAAUAAAAUAAAAAACUAUUUAUUUUUUAAAUCUGUGCUUUUUUGAUUUGAUAUCUUCAGGAGCCAGGAUUUCUUACUGCCUUUGAAUACAGUGCAAAGAGGAAGAUGGUGUUCCACAUAUCUACUGGAAGCCAAGAAUUUGAGUAUACAGCCUAAAUUAUGUCCUUUUAUAUGUUAAUGUGUAUAUCCUAUAUCUCAAAUCCUUAUAUUUUAGAUUGUAUAUACACAUUUUGCUGCAUGUUCUCUACAGUAUAUUUUAACAAGCAAUUCUACAAUCUGUGUAUUUUCAGCAAGUUAUUGGGUGGUGGUAUAGAAAGUAUGGCAAUAACAGAGACAUUUGGAGGUAAUUUUACUAAGUAUAUCUUUGUUUAUAGCUUCUCACUACUUCUCUUGUGUAUGUACUUUCACCUGGGGUGAACUGUUUCCCCUAGUCUGGUUUUGGAUGGUGGUCCCUUCUGCGGCUGCAUGUCACCUAUAACACUGUAUCCUGCUCUGCUAUAUGUAUGGUACGCAAUGUUUGUAUAAAUAAAAUGAGACCACACAAUAACCACAGACAACGUUUAAUUACUUUUCAAUGGGCUUGGCCGUGAUGUUUAUUCAAAGCUCAAGGGGCCUUCAAGCAAAUUCUGGUACAAGUUGUUCACUAAGGUGAGAAUUGUCAGGAAUUCUAAGUUGAUGUCAAAUUUAAGGCUAAAAUAGCUGAAUUAGAAACAUCUAGACACUGAAUGGCAGUGCUGCUUACUCUGCAGCACUGCCCAAGGAAGCAGCUUUAGCAGCUAUCUAAGGAGUGGCCAGUGGAGUUAUCACUAGGCUGUAAUGUAAACACACUGCAUUUUCUCCAAAAAGACAGUGUUUGCAGCAACAUGCCUGAAGGGAAUGAUUCUACUCACCAGAACAAAUUCAAUAAGCUGUAGUUGUUCUGCUGACUAUAUAGUAUCCCUUUAACUUUGAAUUUCUGACAACUCACACUUUAUUGAAUAACUUUUUGAGUAAUCACUAAUUUAUUUAUUUUUUUGUUAUUUUAUCUGUAGAAUUCAGAACAGGAAAAACCCAACUUUCUCAUACUCUUUGUGGUAUGUAAUCAUCGAUAUUGCCUGUUAUACAUUUACAUUGUUGCGUGGUUGUUUUAUUUUUUGGAUAUGGUUGACAGGACAGUAAAGGAGUAUGUGAAACCAGAAUCUUUAAUGGCCCAUGCUUUUUUCAAUUCUGAUAGCUUCAAACAGGAUUGCUGAUUACACACCAAAAUGGUAAACAUAAACACAUUUUCUUUUUAAUUAUAUAUAUAUAAUUUUUAGGGUUUACUAUUUGCUCUAAUUUUCUCUGCACUUUGCCUUUGGCAAACAGGAUGGCUGGCUUGUUUAGUUACACUUCAAAAAACUUACCUUUGUCCCACAAAGGCAUAUGUGUAUAUAACAUUAAGGGCACAGUCUAGGCACCAUAACCACUACAUUCCGACGACCAAGAUUAGUUUUCAAUGGUUGCCCUUUGAUUCCCAUGGUUAUAGAUUUUUUUCAAUAGUUACCAUGUCCAGAAAAUUUUCAGCUGGUCAGUAAGACCACACUAUUCCUUUGACCAGUAGCAGCAAUUUUCUCCUCUGUGAGCCGAGUUUAUUACUGGAUAUGAUUCCUUUUGCUAUCUACCUGUGCUCUCACAUGAUACCUCAUUGAGUGUUGUCACUUCUGCAAUCUCUGCUAGAUAGCUGAGACUAACAUACUAUAAUAUUAAUUCAGAGGACUAAUUAACUAUGCAGUAAAUCUAUUUAAAAUGCAUUCACAAAGUAGGGGAAUAUUAGCCAUGGUCUAGGUAUAAUUAUCUGUUCAUUAUAAAUUUUAUUGGUUUAAUGUUUACUGUGAUUGUUUCUAGUGACAGCCCAACUUCCUGGAGCAACUGGAUACAUGGGAGGAAAGGUUAUCUUUAUUGAUACAGAAAACACAUUGUAUCCUUCCUAAAUGGAAGUUACAUUUUGCUAAACGUUUUAUUAAAUUACAUAGACGUUUUAUUAAAUUUUUUUCUCCAAAAUAUACAUGCAGUAAAUAUCUUAUGUGGCAUCCAACAUCAAAUUAAAUUGAAUAGACAGUAAAAAGGUACCAUGAAAAAGUAUCCAUCGCAUUCUGAGAAAGAUCAGUUUACUGUAAAAUAAUUGUAAAAAAAAAAAAAUCUAUCCAUAUUUCUCACUUUGCUGGUUACAAGGGAAAAAGCCUACAUUGGAUAAUAGAUACAAGGGAGGGUGUGGGUUUAGUCCAUAAAAAUAACAAUCUUGUUAUGUGGAAAAGGCUGCGUCUUCAAGUUCAAGCCACGUACUCAUUUAUUAUUUUGUGGUAUUUACAUUUGAUUGCAUUUAUACAAUAACAUGACUAUAUAUAUUUUUUAACUAGCACAAAUUAGGCCUGUAUCAUCUGCCUCGCUCUGUUAGACUUCUAUAGCAAAUAGCAACAACACCCUUAACACGUUUAUAGUCGUCCAGAUCGUCUGAGAGACAUAGCUGACCGGUUUAGUGUGGACCAUGAUGCAGUGCUAGACAAUGUGUUAUAUGCUCGUGCAUACACAAGUAAGAUUACCUUCUUUAUUUAUCACCCUCCAUCCUGUGUGUGUGUGUGUGUAUAUAUAUAUAUAUAUAUAUAUAUAUAUAUAUAUAUAUAUAUGUGUGUGUGUUUGCCUGUCCUAGGUAAAGCAAAGUGUGUGCACUCCUCCAUAUAUACAUUUUCAUGUAACUUGGAUAUAUUAUGUGUGGGUGCAUGGGUGCAUAAGUAUUUGUGUAGUGUAUGUGUUAAACAAUAUGUAUUUGUGUCAUAUGUCUCAAUAAGUAUGUAAAACUGAUGAUUUUUAUUAUAUCUGCUGUGUAUCGAACACACAUACACAUUAAUUAUGCAUGAUCUUUGACACAUGUACAUACGUAAUUAACUGCAUACACAUAAUUAGUCAUAUUCUUUCACAGCCCCAAUAAGCCACACACUCUUACAAAAACGCACAAACAUAACUAGCUCCUCACACAUAAAAUUAGCUAUUUGCACACAUAAAUAGCAAUAUGCACACCCUUGCAUAACUAGCCACUCAAACACCGAAUUAGUAAAACAGAUUACCCACAGGGUCGCGCCUUCUAGGGUAAAGUAUCGCUUCCUGCACAUAUUGCCAUAGGUUACCAUAUGGUCCCAGAAUUUUUCCAUCAGUAAUGAUGUCAUCAGCAUUUUUACGCACAAAUCUGUCUGUUUUAAAAAAAUAUAUAUAUAUUUUGGAAAUAGCGUUUACUAAUUUCCAUCUUACUGAUAGCCUGUGUUACUGAUCAAUUGUCUUUCAAUUAGAAUCUAAAUCUCUUUGCUUAUACAGCACAUAGUUACACCUCCCCUGAUUGAGACUCACACAGCCUAUACACUUCCUGAAAUUAGUUUACUUUUGUUAGCUUCCUUUAUUGCAUAAUGUAUUUAAUUUUGAUUUUCUUAUCUCCUGCUUUGUUGAUAGAUUAAAGUUCAAGUAACAGUAGUAGACAAUAACUUCUAAAGUAAAACACUGAGCUGUAAAAUCUGAUUGAAAUUGAAACCAUUUUUUUCACAGAGGCAGGGGAGGGGAGGGCUACAUAUACAGAAAUAAAAGUUAUUUAACUUAUAAAUGGUAGUGAAUUUAGAAGUGAGACUCCAUAUGGCAUAAAAUAUAUACAUCACAACUAAAUCACUAAGCUAAAAUUGUUUUAAUACUUAGAGUAAUAUUUGAGAUUAUUGUCAUUACCCUCUGUUCUGCAGGUGAGCAUCAGAUGGAAUUGUUGGAUUAUGUAGCAGCUAAAUUUCAUGAGGAAGCUGGCAUUUUCAAACUCUUGGUAAAUGUGCUUUAUAUGUGAUAGAAUCAACCGAGCUGGAUGCUUAAACACUGAAAUCACAAUGAUUUCUAAAUAUAACAUCAGAAUAAAGAAAAGGUGGAUAAAAUGGAGCAUCACAAAGUGGACAAAAAAAAUCUUAUGUUACCUUAAAAACUAAAGAAGCAGAAAGAGUUCUGUACACAACCAGUAGUGAAAGAAGAACUGUCAUUUUCAGAGAAAUUAUUAUUUACUGGGGUGAAUAAAAUAGCAGUAAGUAAAACAAAGUAGUAACUCCACAGCACUUCUGUAUCCAGAUCAACAUAGUCAUCAUGAUGCCUAAACCAUGAUGCACACUCAUGCAUGCUCUAGAAUUUAUGAAAAUAUAUGUGUGAGCACAGAUGCACUCAGCACUUGCUUCAGUUCCAAAUGAAGAGGUUAGCUAAUUUGUAUGCUUUCCCCAGUGUCCCUUGCAAAGCAUGUACAUAACAACAAAAAAAAACUGUACAGUCAGUACCUAACUUUUAGUUACAGACCCUAGUAUGUAUUACUUAAUUGAUUUAUUUUCACUUUCAGUGCCACAGAGGUGGACAGUACAUGGUGUGGUUGGGUUCAAGAUGGAAACAUUUUUUACUAACUGGCAUAACAAAAAUAUGACAACAGUGGAUAGCAUUUUCGAUUACAUUUUGCUGUGAUGCCACUUUUAACAGACUUGGACUCCAGUGACUUGAUCUGCUAUGAUUUGAGUUCUGAUGGCAGCUCUCCCACUUGGUAUUUAGAAUAUCUAUUAAAAUGUAGACAUAGCAUAACAAUGUGAGCUGAAUCCCACACUUAGAUAUAUCGCUAGUGCAAAAACAACUGGAAUCCAGAUAUACUAAACAACUAUUCUCUUGCAUAUCUUCUCAAUGUAUAUGGAUGGUGACCAUUGCCGAUAUGGAAUGCAAGACAGGCCUUAUUACAGUAAAUCACCUUUUUAUUUAUACUUUUGUGUUUAGACUUCUGAUUAAAGAUCUUUCCCCAGAUCAUUGAUUCUAUAAUGGCUCUUUUCCGAGUGGAUUUUAGUGGCCGUGGGGAACUGGCAGAGAGGCAACAGAAAUUAGCACAGAUGCUGUCUAGGCUUCAGAAGAUCUCUGAAGGUUAGUAUAGUGAGUAUGAUAGUAUAUACCUUAUUCAGUUAUGAAAUGUAGCUAUUUUGUUUCUAUUGUAGGCUCCAUAACAUUUUGAGAGUAAUUUGUAUUUUAAAGUGUAGUAAUCUGCCCUCAACCACAAAAAAGAAAGAAAGAAAAAAUAAACAAACAUACUUGUAAUCUUACACUGAGGCCAUGUUCUCUCUGUAGGAUCUUCAUCUGGUGAUAUCACUCCCACUCACUCCUGGGAGAUCCACAGGAGGUAGGAUGUGCUGCAAUUGGUCCUUUGCACCAUCAUGCUAUACAUGCUGACAACAGAUGCCAAAUAUGGACAAAGUUAACACUAGCCAGCCUGGAAAUCUCAUUCCAGGUUGGCUUACUAACUCUUUAAAUGUUUCAAAUGCACAACAGUCUCAGACCUCUUUCGAUUGUAAGUAUUUUGACAAAAAUGUACAUGACAGGCUUGUUAUGAGUCCUUUUUGUCAGGGUACCUUGUGUGUUGGCACAGGCUGUGCCACAAGCUGACACCAUCCAGCAGGGUAUUGGGGACAUCCCCAGUAGCUCUCCUCUUGUUUUUAGCGGUUCUCGCGCCGGCCACGAUAGCUCCGCUCCUUUUUAUGACGCGGUGCAUGCGCGCCGACGUCAUGACACUAAUGACGUCACAGUCCGCCAAAACGUUCAGAUUCAAACGUUUUGGGGGCGUGGUUACAUAUCAAGGAACACAGUACUUAAGGGGAACUCAGGGAAAGUCUCAUUGCCCUGUUGUGGUUCUGCAUAGUCCCAAUAGCGCAUUUACUUCGUAUUGUUAUCUUGGAUUUUGACUUUUGCCUUAGAUUGACUAUUCUCCUUUCUGUACUCCUUUGACCUUGGCUCUUGUAUUCUCGUUGUUCCUGAUUUCUGGCAUCCAAGAUCUCGGCUUGUUUAUUAUUACUCUCUGUCCUUGUGACGUUAGUCCAGCCAUUCUAAGGUCCGGUAUACGUUACUAUUCCUUUACACUCUACGUGUAGGAUCCCCUAAUAUUCCUGACACUUUUGUCCCAUACAAGGAUUCACACUUGGAAUCAGCUCCUGAAGUUAAUGGUGACAUAGCUACACAGAAUGACUAUCAUGCCUUUAGGAGAUGUAACCCUAAAAGUCAUGGAUAAAUGCAUGGAAUUUUUUUUGAGGGAUCUGCGCCAAACUGAACUGACAUAUUCCCUUCUCCCUCCUCCCGCCCCUCUUACUAGCUCUUAUUCUUUCAAAAAAUUUUCUUCCUCCUCCUUAUUACACCGGGAGGGGACCUGGGCACCAACACCCCACAUAUUGAUAAACACAGAGACCCCUGGCUGGACCAGGGCCAAACUAUACAGGACAGGUGACACAAUCCCCACCCAAAAACCAUCACAUUCUUACGAUAAUGUCAGCUCCCUAUCUUAGAAGGUUUAGUUUAUCGCAUACUGUUGGUCCGACACUCAGGAUACAAAAACAUAAAAAAGUGAAAUGUCCUUGUUGAAUCUCAUAAAAGACAAGCUCAACUGAAAACACGAGAAAGAGAAUGUAAAAUGAUCAAUGUUGGAAAUCUAUCACAAGAAACCUUUGUACAUCAAAAAUGUAUGUUGUAUUUAUGACAAGACUUUCACGCAAAAUUAAAGAUUUUUAAAAAAAAAGACGACUUUACAAGAGUUGAGAAUCUGGAUUCAUGAAAUAUACUAAUAUAUGCUUCAUAUUAACUAGGUAUAAAGUCAUGAGAUGGCUAAUUGUUUUCCUCUUGGUUGUAUAUUUUAUUAUCUACAGAAUAUAAUGUAGCUGUAUUUGUCACAAAUCAAAUGACUGCUGAUCCAGGUGCAACCAUGACGUAAGUAAGUUCUUUUUUUUCUACAAGAAACCUUGUAAUACUGUAUAAUAAUUAUGGUAAAUCGUGUGUUAACUGAACACUGGAUUAGAAAUCCGAUUGUUAAAAGAUUCUACAACACUUAUAUUAUAAUAUAUUAAUUUAUCUUAUUUUGAUAGAUUUCAAGCAGAUCCAAAAAAGCCAGUUGGUGGUCAUAUACUUGCACAUGCAUCAACCACAAGAAUAAGUUUAAGAAAAGGAAGAGGAGAGCUGCGUAUUGCAAAAAUCUAUGACAGGUAA